AUGGAUGCCAAGGAAGCUCAGCGACAGAUCGAGCAGAUGAAGGACUUCAUCCUCGCAGAGGCCAAGGACAAGGCCAGUGACAUCAACAAGAAGUGCGAGGAGGAUUUCAGCAUUGAGGUUUACCGCCUCAUCACGGAACAGAAGGAGAAGGUUCGCCAGACCUACGAGAAGAAGACCAAACAGAUCGAGACGCAGUAUGCCAUCGCUAGAUCGAUGGCCAUCAACAAACAGCGCCUCGAGAAGAUCAAGGCUCGCCAGGAGGUCAUGCACAAGAUUGCUGCAGAUGCUCAGGAAGACAUCGUCAAGGAGCUCCAGAAAGCCGACACCGGCAAGAAGUUCAUUACCCAGUUGCUGCUCCAGGGCAUGCUCAUGCUCUUGGAGAGCGAGGUGGUGGUGCGAUGCCGACAGUCUGACCAGAGCUUGGUCCAGAGCUGCUUGAAGGAGGCCUCGGAUCAGUACAGCAGUCUCAUCAAGCAAGAGACUGGCGCGUCUAAGGCCUGCGCCUUGACCAUUGACAAGACCUACUUGCCUCCGGCACCCGUCCCGGGCAAGGAUGGACCUAGCUGUCUCGGUGGCGUGGUGCUCCUCUGUCAAGGUGGCAAGAUCUCGGUGGACAACACCAUCGACAUGCGACUGCAUUUGGUCAUGGAGCAGGCGAAGCCAGCGAUCAGGGGUUUGCUCUUCCCCUGA